AGACCUCCCCAUUUCAGAGGGCCCUUCCCUCCUCACCAGCAGCCACCUCCUUUCAACCAGCCCCCACCACCGCACAGUUUCGGACGCUUCCCACCACGCUUUAUGCAGGACGAUUUCCCUCCCAGGCACCACUACGACAGGCCGCCAUACACCCCACACCGCUUUGACUAUGCUCAGGGAGAUUUUCCCGGAGACAUGCCAGGUCCUCCUCCCCACCACCAUCCCAAUCAGAGGCUCCCUCACCCAGGUAUGGGUGCAGACCAUCCUCCUUGGGGUGGAGGUCAGCACCCGGAUUUUGGCCCACCCCCACAUGGCUUCAAUGGCCAUUCGCCCCACAUGCGUCAUCGACAGCAUCCUGUGCAGGAUGAUCCCAGUCUGGUGCCCAAUGUACCCUACUUUGACCUGCCAGCUGGUCUCAUGGCUCCGCUGGUCAAACUUGAGGACUGUGAUUAUAAACCUCUGGACCCUAAAGACAUCCGGCUGCCCCCUCCCAUGCCACCCAGUGAUCGCCUUCUAGCUGCUGUGGAAGCUUUCUACAGCCCUCCAUCCCAUGACCGGCCCAGGAACAGGUACACACACCUUGACAAUGUCUGUAAAAACAAAUCCACUUUGAAUCCACUGUUACACCUGCAAACGUAAUAACGGCCCACAAACGUAAUAAACCACAAACGUAAUACAAAUCUGCAGCUUUGAAUGUAAUAAUCCUGCAAAUGUAAUAAAUUUCCCACAAACGUAAUAGCAUCUGCCUACUACAAACAUAACACACAAUUUUCCGCAAAUGUAAUAACUAUUACAUUUGCAGGAAAUUAUUACA